AUUAAAAACUCGUUACAAAAAAAGAAAAAAAAAAAGAAAUGACCUUAUUUUCCCUUCUUCCCAAAUUUUGAAAGGCCUUUCUUGAACUUGAACGGCGAAAAGAUCCCACCCCUCUUGGCCACAAAAUCCUUUUCUCGAGAAAAAUGGAUAACGAGAAUUUCGUGUAAGCGAUUGCAGUUGCAAAAGAAAAAAGGCCAGUUGUUCGCAGUGACCCGUACGCAGCAGAUAGAAUUCUACUCGCUCCAAUUUUGUUUCUGUGUUGUUUCAAUUGUAAGCAAGGCGAUAAGAUGGAAUCGAGCCCUGGGUUCAGCAUUCCUUCUAUUGGCACUCCACUUUAUCAACCGGAAGAAGACCAGCAGUUUUUAAUGAGUAACAGUUCCGUUCCAACAACCCAACAACAGCAAAAUGCUUUCGUUCCACCCCACCAACAAAUCAGCACUGGGUCACAAAACGUUUACAGUUUGCAAGGAUUCACACCCCAGCACAUGUUACAACCUCCUUCUACUUCGGUUCUUCAACAAGCUUUAAUGUCACCUGCUCCAAAUCGAAGAUCAAGUGCAGUUAAUGCAGGUUCGCCCAUGUCACAAGGAACCCCGGAAGGUGGAAUAUUUGGUCCUAGAACAAUCGCUCCGGCGACACCCUACACACCAGCGUCUGCUGGUUCCGGAAUUGUUCCUACGUUACAGAAUAUUGUUUCUACCGUCAAUCUGGGAUGCAAGUUGGACCUGAAACAAAUUGCAUUGCACGCACGCAAUGCAGAGUACAACCCCAAACGAUUCGCGGCCGUGAUUAUGCGAAUCCGUGAGCCUAGGACGACAGCUCUCAUUUUCAGUUCCGGGAAAAUGGUGUGCACGGGAGCAAAAUCUGAAGAAGAAUCAAGAUUAGCAUCCAGAAAAUACGCUAGAAUCAUCCAAAAACUUAACUUUCCAGCAAAAUUUACGGAAUUCAAAAUUCAAAAUAUAGUUGGCAGCUGUGACGUCAAGUUUCCUAUUCGUCUAGAAGCCAUCAGUUUAGCUCAUGGGGAUAGAUUUUGCAGUUACGAAGCCGAAAUCUUCCCAGGUCUCAUUUACAAAAUGAAACAACCUAAACUAGUGUUGCUCAUUUUCUGUUCAGGAAAAAUCGUUCUUACUGGCGCCAAAGUUCGCCAAGACAUCUACGAUGGAUUUACCAACAUUUACCCAAUCUUAAGGAAUUUUAAGAAGACAUAACAUCUGUGGAAAAGAAACUGA